CCGCGACAUCGUCGGGCCUCGAGACCCGGCCACACACGUCCUUAAACAGAGUCCUUUCGUGUCCUCCUCGCGAUUGUACAUUUUCGAAGUUUCAUCAACCGGUAAACAUUAAAAAAACACUCACAGGAUUCUCGUAAAAUCAGCGAGCGCGGGGGCUUACAGGGUUAGUGCCUCGUGCAAGGCUACCACCUCGGAGAUUCAAGCGGAUUAAAGCGUUUCGCACGAGAACGGAGUAUCGAACUUCUCGGCUACUUUACGAGCUGUUUAGUGUGAAAGAAAAGUAGUAAAGAGGCGAUUAAAAGCGAGGUCUGAAGGUGCGCUUUGAUAGAGGGCGCUAAAGACAACCUGCAGAAAUAGAGAGGGUGGGAGAGCCGUGGGUGGAGAUAAAUCAAGCGGAUAAAAAGAAGAGAAAAGUCUGCGACGUGAAACGCACGUUAAAAAGAAAAAAGUUGAGAGACCGAGGGGAAAAAAGUGUGCGGUUAGUUGAUCGCAAGUUGAAGAGCAGCAGGAAGUAGCAGGGCGAAUAUUGUUAAACGUCGCGAGCUCACGGAAGAGGGACGUGAAAGGAAUAGUUCGGAAGGACGUAAGUCACGUGCGGUGGAAAGUCACUGGUGCGCCAACCUCGAGGCGAACGGAUCAGCAGGUGGAAGGUUUCAAGAGUUCUCGUGUCUUUGCGGUCAGUGGAGCAGGUUCGAGGCUCUCAGCGAUCCCGAUCGAGGACGUACUCGAAAAACAAGGGAACGAGCAGUCGACGCGUCCGAAAGAAGGGGAAAAAGAACCGAGAGAAUCACGAGAUUGUCGGACUUUGUGGAGAAAGACCGGGAGCGAGAUCGGGCCCGGAUGCUCGCAAGAACAAGACGCCGAAAACGCUGUCACGUUGGAAGGGAAAAUCUUGACGGUCUUCAACAAGUUUCUGACAACAUCCCCUUUGGUUAACAAGGUUAAGCUUCUCAUGACACGCAGGGACUCGGAUGUGAGUGUCAACGAUGCCGAGGGCGAUCGAGGUGGCUCUUCCUCGAGGCCCUCGGCAUCCUCACCCUCUUCGUCGUCUUCCCCGAACGAAGCAGCUUGGCGGGACAAAGAGGCAAGAAAAUCUUCAGGAUCGCUCGAGGGCGAUUCGAAGCUGAGCCCAAGCCGACAAAUAGUCGGCGCUGGGAACAACGAAGAUGGCAAAGUCGAAGGGGAGGGAAAAGGAGAAGGUGAAAAAUUUCAUCGGGUCAUGGGCCGUGCUAUCGAGGGCGAGUCCGUCGAAGCGAACCAAGUGUCUCGACAACCCUUUCGCCGGAAGAUGGACGUUUGUCUUGGUCACGUGAUCGAAACGACAGGAGUCUGCGGCUCCUCUUCUUCGACCACUACCGCAACCACUGCGGCUCACCUUCCAAGUACGCCCAUAUUUUCGUCGACUUCCGGUUCGUCCACAUCCCCUGGAGAAACCAGGCUAACCGCCAGUAUUCUCUUCGAUCUUCCCGAGCCGCGUGCCUCCUCCGCUGCGGACCCCGCGGACAAAAUGCCCGCCAUCACCAAAGCUCAGAUGAAAGAGUUUGAGGACGCCUUCAACCUCUUUGACAAGGAUCGUGAUGGCAGCAUAACGAAAGAGGAACUUGGCAGGGUUAUGCGAGGCCUCGGACAGUUUGCGAGGAUGGAAGAACUCCGGACCAUGCUCGAAGAGAUCGAUACGGACGGGGAUGGAAACGUGAGCUUGGUCGAGUUCGUCAAGAUCGUGAGCAACAUCGGAAGCGCAAGUUCGGCUGCGGCUCCGACCGAUCUCAGUCAGGAGGAGCAGGAAGAGCAGGAGCUUCGAGAUGCCUUUCGUGUGUUUGAUAAGCACAAUCGAGGUUAUAUCACAGCAUCCGAUCUACGAGCAGUCCUUCAGUGUCUCGGAGAGGAUUUGUCCGAGGAGGAAAUCGAGGACAUGAUCAAGGAAGUGGACGAAGACGGCGAUGGUCGAAUCGACUUUUACGAAUUCGCACGUUCCCUCGUUGAGCCCGGAACCGACGACGAGGACGAGGAAGAGGAUGACGAAGAAAUUCCGCAAUCUCCUUUCUAAGACUCUCAUCCACGCGGCCAAAACUUGUCUAUUUCUUCGCUAUAGUUAGCAAUAACAAGGUUAAAUAUUCUCAUAAGGAUUUUAAAAUGCGAUGAAUGUGCACAAAUAAUGAAAAUACAAAGUAAUAAUACACGACGAAAUCGAUAAUGGUACGAAUAAUUAUGCACAAAAUGAAUUUCAUUAUUAUCAUUAUCAAGAAUCGUCAUUGUUCAAACUCUUUUCAUGAAAAUCAAAUCGGCAUGUGUGUCACGAACGGAGACCCGUUUACGACGGAGUGUAUCUAUAUGUGUAUAUGUAUAACGUACCUUGUACACAUUCUCUGCUUACGACAAGUUUUCUCCACCGAUUGCAAUUCAAUUAUCUUCAUAAUUUUUUCAAUCCAACCCGACGAUUAAUCGCCGGUACGAUGUUCACUGAUACAAACGAUCUCCAUGUUUUAUUCAUUAUGUAAAUUACGAAUGAAUACAGGGUGGGUCAUGUGAUACGGACCUUCCGAAUAACUUGGCCAAUUUUUAUGAGAAAGCCCCAUUUUCGCCUGGUGGAUGUGCGAUUUGAAAACUCGAAGCCAACCGUUGACGUUUGUUGCCUCUUUUCGAAAUCUUUUCAACACAAUCAUUCCCACGAUCACGGUCGGAAAAAACGUGGAAAUUCCAUGAUUUCUAUUAGUGCUUUCGAAAUGAAUGGUGGAAUACAAUUUUUUUUAAUGUCACUAAAAAAUUUUGGGAGAUUGUCAAUGGAAAUUUCCAACCGUCAACUGAUCGCCGAGAAAUUAAUAUAAUCGUACACUUUUCGUUCUUCUUUCACAACCGGUGAUGGAAAGCGUUUUGCAAUAAAAAAAAAAAAACAAUAUUUAUGAAACAUUUAUUUUAUCUUAUUCUUCAGUAAUUUGAUGAUUUCAACUUUUUGAAUGUCUUUUUUGAUCCUAUGAAUUUUCUUAAUUUUAUCAUUCGAAAAACUAUACGAAAUAAUUUCCCUUCGAUGCACGUUGGUCAAGUCAUUGGGUUGGUUUUUAUUGGGUAACUCAUCCUGUGUAUAUAAAUAUAAUGUAAGAAAUAAUUAUGAGGAGAAUCACGUGGGAAAACGGCGACAAAAAAUUCGCGUUUUACAAUCAAUAUUAAAGUGUAUUGAUGGAAACUUUUGCAAAAUAGAGUAUUUUUUCCGUAUUUAUUAACCUCAACAAUCUUUUAUUAACAAUAAAAAAUAGUUGUGGAAACGAAUUGUUUCAUAUGCCUGGUGUCUGAAAUAAGACGUUUCUCGAAAAAGCAUUCUAUAUCAAUGAAAGAUCGAUAUAAUUAUAAGGUAAAAUGUUUCCAUCAGUAAUUAGGUGAAUUUGAAACUAUGAAAAUCUCAAUGACAUAUCCGCAAAGUAUCGCUUUAAUUAUAAAAGAAAAAAUAAAACGAAUUUCUCUCUAUAUUUCGUAGGAUAAUUAGACAUAUUAAAAAUUUCUGGAAUCGAAAAAUAUUCUACGUCGGCCAGUGAACGGCGAACAGGGAGAGGUACAAGCACACAAAAAUUAUAGGAUUAAUCUUCGAAGUUUCGAAGGCUCCUUGAAGCAACAAUCGAAGAACUUUUUUUCUUUAAUAUUUUGAACUUUGUUCUCAUUUUUCCCUCAUUCUUUUUAGCAGAAUGAAUAAAAACAUAGUUUCGCGUGGAGAAGAGAUUCUUUACUGUUCCAAAUAUGAAUUCGUGCCAUUGAGUACAGAUGAAAACUUAUAUACGGGAAAAAUUUAUUAGAAAAAAAUUUUCACCUCGUUUUCUGCUUAAAUAUGUGAUCAAAAAAAUGUAAAAUUUCGUCGUUGCUUCAAUGUCAUUUCUAUGUUUUCUUCUUCGUGUGUGUACUGUUUGUAUGAUAAUUUUACGUAAAAAAAAUGUGAUUUGACACCGGUAAUAAGACGGAAUUUAUUCACACGUCUUUGACGCUUGGAACAAAAGUAUGACGGAAGAUGAAAUGCGUGACUUCUUCAUUUGAUGUUUUCAAAAAUUUCUCCAGUAAGAUAGACAGCAAUUUGAAUAUACUGUCGCUUGUCGUCGAUCGAUCAGGCCUAAAAAAUUUUAGAGUCAUGUUCACUUAUGUAUAAAAUAAUAGGAAACUCUUAAAAUAUCGCACAACCAAAAGUUCUCAUAAGCUCCUUUCAUCAUCUCGUUAUUGAUUGAUGGACAAGAAGAAAACUGUAUUAAAAAGCACGAACAGCUUAUUCGAAUCGAAAGAGAGACUGACAAUUUCGACAGUUGAGCGAGCUCAAUUGAGAAAAACGAUUCUAUCAUUCGUCGGUAAUGUGGCGAUUGAAUUUGAGAAAAUUCAAUGUUCGCUGAUGGCAAAUAACUCCAUAAUUUUCCCUACUGCGAUGGGAUGGGCAUAAUUUGAAUGAAUACCAUUUUAAAGAAUUUUAUGACAUGAAAGAGGCAAUUGAGGGUAAAAAAAUGAGUGCUGCCUGAUUUUCCUCUGCGCAUAGCGAAAUUCAAGCAAAGAUUAAUUACGAUUUUUACUUUUUUUUUUUUCAUUCGAACAAUGUCCAUCCCCAUUUGUGAUUAAUUCUUCCGAGCUUUAUAUCAAUUAUACCUGAAUACAAAUUUCACUGUCAAUGCUAAUGGCGAAGGUGUAUACGCUGUUCUAAAUCAUUUUAAAUAUUCAAUAAAAAUUAUUAACAAAAAUAUCAUUAAAUUAUCACACUUA